UUUAGGCGUGCCGUUACAGUACUACCUUGCAGUUCGACCCCUGCUCGCCGCAGCUACUCAGCCUGAUCGCCUGUUGUCAGCCUCAACCAAGGUACAAAACAUGAGUAUCGCCAGCCUCUUACCUAUGCUCCCUAACUGAUCAAUUUAACAAUUUCUGUGAAUUCGAAAAAGCUAUUUCCUUCGUCACCAAAAUGAUGUGCAGAUGGGACGGUGGAGGUCCUGAUAGGCUAUCCUCAGUCAUCUGCACCGCUCUCAUGCUAUACCUUACAGCCUUCUUAGAGGUCGCUGUACACAUGAACUGUUGCGGCACAAGAGAAGACGGAGAACGUCAUGACACGUCUCCAGACGACACGUCACAAGAAGCACUGCUGUCUACAAUCGUAGCAGAGCAACCCCGCCCGCAGUCAACACCUCAGGCCAACUUAUCUCAAGGCAACACAUCCGACCCCAGCACAAACGAAGAGGCUGCAAAGCCAGAUCCAUCAAAGGCUCCCUACGCCCUCACCUGCUGCGUCUUCUGCCUUCCCAACCCCUCGCCCAGCGUGCGAGCAAACCGCCUCAUAAUCGCCAUCCUGCUGUACGCCGCCAUCCUCACAGCCUUCAUCAUCCGUGUGCGCAACCCCGAGCCCAACUGUUAUGCUUUAGGCUUCUUCAACAUUCUACCGCUGUGCAUUGCGUCGCUCAGUCUGCUGCGGGCGGUGAUCGACUGCUACCUGGUGCGCCAGGGUCGCAGCUUGACCUAUGUGGGACAGGAGGGCGCCGAGGGGUGGACGACGUGGCCGCCGUGUAUGGCAUUCUUCCUGCCGUUUUGGUGUAUCAGGGCGGGUUUGGGGUGGCCGAUUGAGUGGUUGAUGGGUAUGCCGCUGGGUGCUCGCAAUAGGAGAGCGUUUGUGGAGGAGGAUAUUGAGAUGGGUGGGGAGGAGACGAGAGGGCUUGUAGAUGGGCUUGAUGAGGAUGACAGCGAAGGUGAGGGGGAGAGGGGGGAUCCGCCCGCGUAUGAGACUGAACACAACCAGAACGGCGUUCGGAUAGGCGCAGGCAAAGGCCUGUAGAGGGUGCCAUACGUGUUGCACUGAUCUGGAGUUUAGGAAGGUGCUUGGAAGAGAAAUGCGCAGAUGAUCAACGGAUUCUACUCCUCACAGAUUUGCGUAGUGAGAAUCGGUGCAUUUGAGUGAAUCGAAGGCUCACGAAUGUCGCAAUCGCCUACCUUAUAAACGUCAUCAGGUUUUGCCGCAGCAAACUGCUUCACCGGGUCAUCCGCGUCGAGUACGAGGACGCUCGUUCAUCGUAGC